AUGUCGGACAUUAACGAUGACCUGCUCAACUACGAGCUAGGCGACGACAUCGAUGACCAGGCCUUGCUCGGCGCCGACGAGGAUGAGUUGCUACUCUCGGACGAAGAGCUCGAAAAGGAUGUCACCAGCGAGGUGAAGCAGCAGAUGCGCGCCGAGGCCGAGGAAUGGGCCCAGGAGCAGAUUCGCCAGCACGAACGCAAGCACAAGGAGCAAUUGCAGGCAGGAGCAGCAGCAGCCGCUGUGGCAGUCACAGCUACAGCUGCAGCCACAGCUUCGGGAGUCCAGAGAUCAGAGGUGGCGCCGGCAAGGACUUACCCAGAGCCCACGAUCCCAGUUCCUGCCCCAGUUCAUAAUCCUGCUGCAGUUGCAGCUAUUGCCUCACCGGCGGCAGUUAACCCGCCCAGCGGCACAGUAGAGAAACAACCUAAGGAAAUCCACGCUGUGGCAGCAGAGCCAGCGGAUGACUUGGUGGCAGUCACUCAGAAGGAACCGCCAGUGCAGCAAGCCAACGAAGUGGCUCCACCCGCUGAUUGCGCCGAGUUGGAAGCUCGCCCCAACAAUGGCAACGGCGAAGAGGCGGCAGAGAAUGCAGGCAGCCAGAGCGAAAGUGAGCUAGGACUUGGCCUCAGUUCGCUACUGGCCUCCUCCCAGGAGAGCCUGCCCAGUGCCGUCAGCUCAGCCUCACUGAUUUCAGAGCUGCCCGAUCCGCGCGAGGACGACGAAGAGCGCGAGGAGCGCACCAAUUACAAGACGGCCAGCGAGCGGGCCGACAGCAGUAUGAGACAACAACUGGAACACGCACACAUGUCGCCCUACCAGCAUCAGCAGCGGCGACACCACGGCCAUGGAGACAAACCUCGUGUCGGCGGCGGUGGACGUUUUAUGCAUGGCCAGCAGCAGCAGCAGAAUCAAAUGGGCAAGCCGCCGCGCGGUAUCGGAACUCGCCACCACCUGCUACGUAACCCCUCGCCAAUGUUUGGCGUUCAGCAGCAACGCAUGGGCAUGGCCGGAAUGCAGCCGCCGCCACAGCGAUAUGGCAUGCCGGGUAAUGCUCCACAACCACAGCACCUGGCUCUGAUGAGCACGCCAGUGGGUGCUGCUUCCUCCGCCGCCUGCCUCCUCCCACUAACCGUUCCCGUCUCCCCACUCACCCUGUCAAUACCACAAGCCCAUCCAAGUCAUCAAGCCCAUCAGCAGCAACAGCAAACACUGAACAAUCCGACAUUCAUUCCAAUUCCAGGCCAGUACCCGCCAACUCAGCCACCCAACCAGUCAUCACAACAAGCACCGACCAACACACAACAGCCACACAGCGCUCCCGCCUCUCCCCUCCACACUCCCACGCAUUCGCACAUGAUGCACCACAGUCACAAUCCGAACGGUGGCGUCCCGCCCCACCUGCUGACGCAUCCGCACGAGCAGGUGCGUGUGGGUUUGCUGCAGCCACCGCCGCUGGCGUAUGCCCCUAAUCCCGGUGGCUAUCGCAAUGGAGCGCUUCUGGGUCCGGGACCGGGGCCUGGACCGCACCAACAGCACCAGUCGCCACACCAGCAGCAGACGGGCAUGCGUCCGCCGCUGUACCGUAACGCCCCGCCCUCGUAUGGCUACGAUCAGGGCCAUCCGCCCCAGCAUCCGCCGCAGUUUAUGCGGCCGCACAACGGCUGGCGGCCGCAGGGCGACAAUUCGCGCAUGCAGCGGCCCCCUCUCCAGACUCUGCCGCUGCACAUGAUGCCCGGCGCCCCGCCAAACUACGCCAACGGCAUGGGAAUGCGAGGUCCGCCGCCCCAGCAGUCACCGCAGCAGCAGCAGCAACAGCCAGCACCGCAGCAAUCGGGGCAUCCUUCGCAGCAGCCGGGUAAUCCUGGACAGCCGCAGCCGCAGCCAAAUGGACCACCACAGCAGCAGCAGCAGGGUUCUUCAUCGGUGCCACGCGUGAGCAAGGUGCUCAUCAAUCCGAAUUUCAAGGGCGGCGUUGAGGCGGCCACCAACAAGUUCAUUAAGGAGACCCACUUUAUGCCCGCCAUCAACAGCGAGGCUGAGUUGCUGCGCCAGCAGGAAGAGUUCAUCAACAAGAAUCGGCAGUACUUUGAGAAGCGACGCAUGGAACGUUCGCCCCCGUCGGCAGGUUCCAACUCGGGAGCCGUCGCCUCUGGCCAGGCAGGCGAGCGCAGACGGACACGCAGCCGCAGUCGCUCCCGGGGCCGCAGCUACUCACCGGUGAAGCGCAUGGAAAGGGAACGCGAUCGAGAGCGGGAGCGUGAAAGGGAUCGGGAGAGGGAGCGGGAUCGGGAGCGAGAUCGUGAAAGAUAUGGCGCCAAUCGGCCGCCAGGACCCCGAGGAGGAUUCCGACGAGCAUCCAGCCGGGAUCGAGACGAGAAUCGUGGCAGUGCGAGCGCAGCCAGUGCCCAAGGAGCGGGCGGAGUGCCAGCCAGCGGAGCGGCACCUCCCAAGCGACGGAGAAGUGGCUCAGCCGGGUCAGGCGCCGUACGCAAUCCCUUCUCCGGCGAGCCACGCGGUCGACCCUCUGAAUCAGGCAGCCGCAGUAUGCCCAGCGACGAGGACGAAGAGACCCGCAACUACCGCCUGGAGAUCGAGAAGCAGAAGCAAUUGCGCGAGAAGAUUAUGCGCGACAAGGAGCUGAAGCGUCGGCGUGCGGCUGAGGAGAAACUACACGAGGAGAAACGCGCCGAACAGCACAGUUCGCCAGCUCGCGACGACCAGGAGGUGGCCGCGGGACAAGGAUCUGCAGUGUCGACAGCUGGAGCGCCAAAGCAUCGGCCUGCCCAGCCAGCCGGCGAACGCAAGGUUAUCUCGCUGAAGCGUCGCGAUGACCAGGAAGCGGCCAGCGUGCGCAACAGGCAGGCACCAUCGCAGUCGCAGUCCAAUGCCCAGCCAACCCAAGGCCAGCAGCAGCCGGUGCGCAAGCAAUUAACAGCGGCAAAGAUAGCGCCAGAGGCGAAGCGCAGCAUAACCGAGCACUUGGCUCCGUCAUCCAAGCAGCAUCAUCAUCAUCAGCAGCAACAGCAGCAGGUGACUGCAGCUUUGCCGGCGAGAGCGUUGGGAGGAGCGGCGGGAGCUGCGGCUGGCGGCACUCCACCGAAACCGCGGGAUAUGCUGCGCCUGGGCACGCCCAGCGACGAUGAGGUGGAGCUGGACUACGAUGUCGAUGACCUGCUGCUGGACGAGGAGGAUCGUUUGUUGGCCACCCCAUCGCCGCCGCCGCAGCAGAAGGCAAGCAGCAAGCGAUCGGCCACGCCGGAGUUGUUGGUGGUCAAGCGGAAUCACAAGGUGAUGCGCGGCGGCGGCGGCAGCAGCGGCUCAACGUCGGCGACCAGCUUUAGCUCCGGCCAGCGGCGGGUGGUGCUGAAGCCCACCAGCAAUGGCAGCAGCAGCAGCGGUGGAGAUCAACAGCAGUCUUCGCAUGGCGGCAGGCAGCGUGAGAGGAGGCAGCGCGAGGAGCACAACGCAUUGCAGCGGAAAAGUAGCGCAGGAGGUGGAGGAGGCGGUGGAGGCAGCAGCAGCAGUUCGGGAACUGGAGGAGGCAUCUUCGAUCGGCUGGAGAAGCGCCAGGGAGCGUCCUCGGGAGGUGGAAGCAGCGGUGGAGGCGGCGGCGGGAGCAGCCACAAGCAGCGCUCCAAGGCGCCCGCCCGCAUCGUACUCAAGCACGAUUGAUAAGCAUAUAAACUAGAUUAAGCCCAAAGUUUUUUAUAUCGAUUAUCUCUUUAGUGGUUAAGAGAUGCACGACGUUGAGUAGGAGGCAUAUAGGAUUAAGAGGAACUUUAGCUUUAAAUUAUAAAGUUGCAAAUUGUUGAUCUGUAGACUUGUAUACCCUCGUCUAUAUAAAAUGCGGUUUAUAUAUAUAUAUAUAUAUAUAUAUAUAUAUAUCUAUAUAUAUGUACAUGUCAUGUAUUUGGUGAGUAUGAGUAUGGGUGUCUACACCGUACUCCAUACGGUAUACAUAUAUAUAUAAUAUAUUAAUUUAGGUUUAAGUGUACAAAUCUUAUCUAUGACUAAAACGUGCUUCGUUUUCUUAACCGCAAUUUGUAUUUAAAUUUAGAAUUAAGCGGGAUGCUUAAAGCUUGACCUGGACAACAAAACAAUUAUAUAUACAGAAUUAGAACUCAAAAUUUCCGUUUUGUGUGCUUGCAUAUUAGCAUAUGUAACCAAUUGAAAUAUAUUUACACUACCUAUAUAUAUAUAAUUAUAAAUACUUCAAUUUAGUUUUAAGUUAAAUGAGCUGAGCGUCUUGCUUUUUAACGAUGACGGUUCUAAAAGAUUUUAUUGAAAGUAAAAAGAUAAGUAAAUCCAGUAAAAAAGAAUGAACAAGCGCAAAAAUGCUCCCAAGGAAUUUACCUUGUGUUUAAGCUAUAACCCUGACCUGAAUUAUUUUUUUUUGAAAUAAUUUUUUACAUUGUGUCCCGUUGUUUGUAAAUUUAUUGUCCUUUUGUUUUCCUUUAUGUAACUACUAUAAAACAAUUACGAAACUAUGUUUGCUUGUGAACUAGUUUAACUAAUAAACUUGAAUUAUUGUAGCAUAUUAUAUGUAUGUGUACACAGAAAGCAAUACCAUAAUGGCCUGAGAAAACGCAGUCACAUAGAAUGGUAACCGAUAACUGGGAAUGCAGAAAGAUCAAACCAUAUAGUAGCGUAGCAUAUAAAAUACCACACCCCACAUAACAUACGGGCCAGAUCGAGAGUAAUCAGCGGAACAAAGUCUUCGUGGGUGUACCGCGUAUUUGAUAAUCGAUUGAUAAUCUAGAUAUUAAGCUAAUGUACAUACCACACACAUACACCCUCAAUAUUCGCCUAGCCACAUUUAUGUAAACGUACCACACUCCCUUCCAAAGCUGAGAACAUCAUUAUCCAUCUAGAACAACAGCCAUAACUCCAUUAAGAUUAUUCGUGUAUAAACUAAUGCGAAAAAUGCCUAGACUAAAGAGAUUGUUAAAUUAUUCUCACUCCCACUAAAAAAAAAAAAAACAUACUUAAAUCCUCGAAAGAUCUGCAAGAACCAUUGUAAUUGUGCAACAUCAUAUUUAGCAAGCGUUGUACUUUGCAAUUGUUCUCAGAGGAGCAUAAUAUCUAGAAACUCUAAUUAUAUUGAUAAGCGUAUAAUGAUAUGUUAAUAUGAGUCAUUUGUAUUGUAACUAAGCAAACUAGAUAAAGAAAAGGCCAAGGCGCGACAGAGGAUUAUAGCAAACCUAUAUGACAUAAAAUGUACUAAAACCGCUCUAUUAAAAUCGAAUCAAAUCGAAUCCCAAUGCACUAGCAUCCGAUUUGGUCCCAAGCAAGUCCAUACUUGAGCUUGACUUUGCAUCAAUGUAA